UUUGGGAAAAGGAGCCCUGGAGCUGCCCUUCUCCGCUUCACUCCCCCUGUCGAAAAACGAAAAAAAAGAAAGAAAGAAAGAAAGAAGAUAAUACAGAACAAAUCAAAAGUUCAACUUGAAGGUGAUUUCUAAGUAACAGUGAUGAGACGGCAGGGACAGUAUGCUGACUCUGGUGGCAACGCAUAUGUCUCUUCUCAGAUGCAGCAUAUGCCUGCACAGAGAAUGGAGCAGAAGUCUGGUCAUUUUCAAGGACAACUAGAAGCAUUCACUCCUGAGAGGGAUCAGCCAUAUGUUACCCCAAAAUCAGAUGGACAGUGGAGGUGGGAAAGAGAGGAAUCAAAAGUAUCAAAUCCAUUGGCAGCAAAAAUGUUCAAUGAAGGCCAAGGGACUGAUGGAUCAAGAACUUAUUUCCAGGGUCAGAGGCCAGAUCCCAAACUAUCUUUAGAAAAACAAAAUGCUGAUCCCAGAUCUCGACCGCAUGAUGAAAAUAUGGAAGUUGGCUAUGAGCAAAAUCUUUUGCCACAAACUUUGGAGGGUCUUGAGAAGAAAUUCCUUGAUGACAUAAUGAUGCUUGCUAAAGAACAGAAUGAUGCUGAGGACGCAGAAAAUAUUAGACAUAGGGAGAAAAUAAAUGCAAUCAAUACUCAGUAUCAGGAACAGUUAGCAGCACUUCGAACACGGCACACUAGUCGCAGAGAUGAUUUCUUGCGAAAGGAAUCUCUUGUACGCCAACAACAAUACCAGCAAUUGAUGAUGGACCAUUAUCCUCAUAGCAGCAUGGCUCCAGCUGAUACCAUUCCAACCGGUAAUCCUCAUGGUUACAGUGGUGUUUCAGGUUCAGCUGCUGUUGGAGAUGGACAUCGAGGCUAUAACUCUGAUAAUUUCGACUCCUACAGGGAGAGGGCUCGGUUUCUUGGGGGUGCCAGAGAUCAUGGUUUUGAACCUAGAGGUUCAUACCCCGGGGGCCGUGUAUAUGAUACUGGUUCACGUUACUACUGAAUUUCUUAGAUUAACUUUCGUUAGCUGCAUCCACCAGGUAUGGUUCUGAUGGAUAUCCCAUGUAUGCUAUCCUGAAUUUUAUGAUCUAUUUUCUGCAGUUCUAUGCCACCUGCUGGUUUCUUGUUAUGAUUCAUAUCUGGAAAAGUCUAUAUUCAUUUUCUUUGAGCUCAUUUCUGUUAUUAAUAUCAUUUAAUGUUAUUAUGGUAAGAAUUAUGAAUCCCUAUUCUCUUUCU